AAAUCCCUUUUAUAUCGGAGCUCUCUGUCUCCUGCUACUUCAGCACACUCAUAAUUAAAUCUUACUCCCUCCCAUUAUGGGAGAUACGACGUCGUUUUCGCUUCCUCCCGGUACCCAAUUUUACCCUUCCGAUCAACAACUAAUCAGCUACUAUUUAUCUUCAAAGAACGGCGUCGAUCACCGGAAUGGCGUUGGAUUUGACCUAAUUCGAGAAAUUGAUCUCUACAAUUUUGAUCCAUUUAACUUGCCGGAUUCCGCCUGUUUCCGGUACGGUCGUGGUGGACGGAAAAGGCACUGGUUUUGUUUUGUGGCUAGGGUUUUGAAGGGAGGGAGGAGGAGAGCUGGUGGUGGUUAUUGGAAGAAGAGGGGUAGAGUUAGGGAUGUGGUGGGUGCGGGUGCAGGGAAAAUUGUGGUGGGUACGCGUAAAAGUUUUGAAUUUUAUUUGGGGGAUUGUACUAAGACUGAUUGGUUGAUGUAUGAGUACGCCUUAACUGGUCAUCCUAUGGCAUCUUUUGUUCUAUGCCGAGUAUUCAUCAAAUCUCAUCAUGGAAAUAACUUGUCAGGGCAUGUAUUCAGUUCCAAUGGUGAAGAAAUUGUUGCGACAGUACGCCAUAUAGGUAUUCAAUUUGAUGGAUCAGCUGCAUUGGUUACUGGCUCUAAAAUGCAUGAUGAAAACAUGAUUGACCAGGAGAAUGAUGUCUCAAAGUUACCUAGUGGGUUAGUUCCCGACUUAAAUGGUCAAGUUGUUGCAGAAAAUGUUGCUAAGCAGAUUUGUCUUGAGAGCAACGGACCUCCAAUUCUCAAUGAUUAUUCUGCUCAGGAACUGAUUGCCAUUUUAGAAGGAGAUUUUAUUGAGUUGGAUGACCUUCUAUGCCCGCUUCCGGGCAUUAACUAAAGGAAACAACAACAAUUCCUCAAGUCCAACAGCAAUCCCAAGCAAGUUACACCGUAACAAUCUCAAGCAAAUACCAUCUAUAAGAAUCACAAGCAAGUACAAUCAACAAGAAUCUCAAGCAAGUAACAGUCAAUAACUAUCCCAAGCAAGUUAUGUUUGAAAAUUACUAGCAUGAAGUUCAUGCUGGAGUGAAGGCGACAAAAUGGUAUUCGCGUCACUUUUCAGUACAAAAGUAAGUUACGUCUUAAAGAGGUCAUAAAAAGAGUGAAGUUAUCAAAUUGUGAGAUCAGCUCCUACAGUGACAAUCAUUGUUGAAAAUGAGCUUAAGAGGAUUAGAUCAGGUGACUAAUUGCUUAGAUUAUGCUGUUGUCUGGAUGAAUAUCUUGUCAGUUAUCAAAUUAUAAGGUCAUGUAUAGUUGUAUACAAUGUCUUGAUAUCUGAAAAUCAUCCCAUCUCAAGAGAGUUGAUGGGGUGAGAAAUCAGGCUCGCAUUUUACAAUCAUACAGUUUGUUUUAUAUGAGUGAAGAGUUAAGUUAACCUUAUACACUGUCAUGGUUGAUGGAUAUCAGCACAAUAGUAUUAGACUCUGUGAAUAAUGCAUCGCAUUAUAGCUUUGCCUGGAUGGUCUUCUUAUCAGUUAUCAAAUUUCGAGGUCACUUUAUACAGUUUCAUGAUUGUUGAAGAUCAGCUCACGAUAAUAGAUGGAGUGAGUAAUGUGAACAUAUUUUUCUGUUAACAUUUACCUGGAUGGAUAACUUGUAUAGUGGCUUAAAGAGUUAAGCCACUUUAUACAGUGUCAUGAUCCUAAAAGUCAGCCAAGAGAAUUAAACUAGGUGAGCACUGAGCAAUGGCUAGCAUUAUAUGGUUAUGGAUUGAUAUCUCAACAGUUACCAAAUUAUGAGGUCAUUUUUUACUGUGUCAUGCUUGCGCAAAAUCAGCUCUGGAUAAUUGAUCAGGUUAGCGAAGGGCAUAGUUUACAAUUAUACAAUUACAUGGAAUGAUAUAUUGUAUUCAGCUAUGAGAAUUAGACUGGGCGAGUCCUGUAUCCUAGCUGUUAUAAAAGCUAUGAGGUCACUUCAUACAGUGUCAUGAUUGCUCAAAAUCAGUUCAAGGUAAAAGAUUGGGUGAGUAAAGUUCGGAUUACACUUUAUACGAUUGGGUGGAUGUCUUGUUAAAGGGUUUGAGUUGAAUCACUUAAAGAAAUGGGAAGAGUUCACACGAAACCAACAACAGCUAUAGCAAUAACAUUGGAUAUCUUGUACAUGGUGAAAGAGUAAACGACAAAAGCAACAACAGCUAUAGCAAUAACAUGGAUGGAUACGUUUUUUUGAUGACAAAGGAAACCCGUAGCCGCCACCCUUUGGAUGCUCACAAGGUAACAUGGAUGGAUAUCUUGUAUUCAACGAAAAGUUAACCGCAGCAAACAACAGCAAGAAGUAUGUCAUAAUACCAAGCAAGUUGGAUAGUGAAGAGUUAACAAGUUGCUCGAAAGACGACAGGAUGUUACAAUGUCAGUUAUGAGGGUGACAAAUAUGUCAGGACACCAUUGAUGGUGGGAUAGCAGGUGUCCAGUGGAAUAGUUGAGGUGUGCACACGCUAUAGCAUGAACGCCAUCGUUGGGGAAAAUGCCAGGACACCAAUUCUCUUGCUUUCAAGACCGACAAUUUAGGCUUCUUGAUAGACAAUAACUUUGGUGAUAUAGUGAAGAGUAGAUGGAUGGCAGCUUAGUUAAGCUUAUUGGUACGUUUUGGUGAACUUUGAGGUGUACAUUAUGGAGAACUUUGAGGUGUAAGAUAAAAUCUCUACAUCACCUUCUUAUGCUUCACAAGUCUUUCAUUCGAGCAAUUGUGCUUAGUAGUAGCUUGUGAAGAAUGUAAAACUUCACGGUCCAGUUCCAGAUAAGUCUACUUUUAGCAAAUCCUAGUAGAAGACAGUAGCAUUAUGAGAAUCUGAUGAUUCUCUUUUACAUCAAGUACUUUAGUAUGUGUACUAUAUGUUCUUUAGGGUCUUUACAUAUGCACUAAUGGUAGUUCAUGAAGCUUGAAACUGUUGUUGUACUAUAUUAACACUAUGAAAUAUGAAUGCAUAAGAA